GCCCCUGAGCUACCAUCAGCAACAAGCCACUCCAGGGCUCUCUGGGCAGCUAGGCUUUUGUGGAGCUCUUUUUCUUCUUGAGAAGCCUGGCUUUUUGCAGGGAGCCCAGCACCAUCAUGACUGCAGAUACAAAGCAGGGCCAGCAGCAGCAGGGCCAGCAGCAGCCUCUGCUGUGAAGCUUCCCAGCUCUUCAAUCCCGGGACACAGCACUAGCAAAAAACAGGUCGGGUUGUGUGAGGAAGCAGAGGGACGAUGGGGUGCUGAAGGUCUGCGUGGCUCCCUGCAAGCGUUGAGGUGCCAGCUGGAUAUCUGCCACAGGUAGAGCUCAGGAGGAUAUUGCAGCCCACUCCUUCCCCAGCCAGGCUCAGGCCAUCAGAGGAGGUGUCACCCCCCUGCGACUGCAUGCUGCCAUUGGCAUUACACAGCCCAAGGACCUGCAUUGCUCUUGAGAGCAGACAUGCUCCCCGAGGGGCUGAAGUGCCUCUCCUGAGAAGAGAACCCUGAGCGAGAUGUCUACUGUCCUGCACCAGCCAGGGUUGGAUUUCAAAGGACACUCACGCUCUUCCAGCCUUAGCCUUCCUCACCCCACAGUGUCUUGCUCACUCCUGGUCUCCUGCUUGCCUGAAAGAAGACAUCAUUAAACCCUGUCCUGCAAGUCAGUGGUGGGUGAGCAUGCAGGUCUGUGCAGAAAAACAGCCAGCAGCCCGUGCUGUACUUAAGAGCUGGAAGCUGCCUUUCUCCACGCCUCCCCUCGGGUCCAUCUGCUGGCCUCCUGUCUGCCUGCGGUCACUGGUGGCUGAGACUCUGUUCAGUGCUAAUGGAUUUCAAACCCCCUGUCUCCAGUGAGAGACAUCUCUGUUGAGGGAUGUUGAUUCCAGUGCUUGGGGGAGCAGCUGUGCAGACAGGACCAGAGCUGUGAAUUAGAGAACAUUUAAUCCUGUACUUUGGUGAUGGUAAGUGCUAGGCACCCUGCUGCUGAAAGCCUGGGGUGAGGCAGUGGCUACACCCACCCUGUCCUGAAGUGGAGACUUCCUGGAAUAUCUACUCAAAGACGGAGAGCAGCAACAAGACUUGCUGGGACCUGUACUGACUCUUGCCACACAAGAUGACAGCAAGGGACGGACCCCAAGAUAGGUACAAGGCUGUCUGGCUGAUCUUCUUCAUCCUCGGCCUGGGAACACUGCUGCCAUGGAAUUUCUUUAUGACCGCCAGGGAGUACUUCAUCAGUCGCCUUAAGGACCAGGAGGAGAUGAGCCAUGUCAGGAACCAGACCUCCCAACCCUCCUACCUGGAGUCCAUGUUUGACAACUUCAUGACUCUCUGCGCCAUGGUGCCCCUCCUCAUCUUCACCUGCCUCAACUCCUUCAUCCACCAGCGGAUUCCCCAGCAGAUUCGCAUCUCGGGCAGCCUGGUGGCCAUUGGGCUGGUGUUUUUAGUCACAGCAAUCAUGGUGAAGGUCCCCAUGGACCCUCUUCCCUUCUUUGUCUUUACCAUGAUCAGCAUCGUCUUCAUCAACUCCUUUGGUGCUAUUCUCCAGGGCAGCCUCUUUGGACUGGCAGGGCUCCUGCCUGCCAGCUACACAGCCCCCAUCAUGAGUGGGCAGGGCUUGGCGGGCACCUUUGCUGCUUUGGCGAUGAUCUUCAGUAUUGCCAUUGGUGCCCAGCAACCCGAGAGCUUCAUUGGUUACUUCACCACGGCCUGUGUGGCAAUCGUGCUGGCAAUCUUCUCCUACAUCAUUCUGCCUCGCAUGGAUUUCUUCCGAUACUACUCCAUGAAGGACAAGACAGAGUACCGUGUGUACAAUGCAGAGCUGGAGACCAAGAGAGACCUGAUUAAGAAAGAUGAGAAUGGGAUGGAGCAGAAUAACUCAAAGGUCAUCCCUAUCCACAACCCUGAUGAGAAGCCCUCUGUCGUUGCUAUUUUUAAGAAGCUCUGGGUCAUGGCUCUGUCUGUCUGCUUCGUCUUCACUGUCACCAUCGGCAUCUUUCCUGCCAUCACAGCUAAGGUGUCCACUGUCCUCGGAAAGGGAAACACAUGGGGUCUCUACUUCAUUCCUGUCUCCUGCUUCCUUCUCUUUAAUGUCUUUGAUUGGACGGGACGGAGUCUCACUGCCCUCUUCACGUGGCCUGGGAAGGACAGCUGCCUCCUGCCAGUGAUGGUGGUCCUCCGUGUCAUCUUUGUCCCUCUUUUCAUGCUGUGCAACGUGCAACCCCGUUACUACCUGCCUGUGGUGUUCUCUCAUGACGCCUGGUACAUCAUCUUCAUGAUCUUCUUCUCCAUCUCCAAUGGCUACCUGGCCAGCCUCUGCAUGUGCUUCGGGCCCAAGAAAGUGCUUGUGCAUGAAGCAGAGACAGCUGGAGCUGUCAUGGCCUUUUUCCUGUCGCUGGGCUUGGCCCUAGGAGCCGCAGUCUCCUUUCUGUUUCGAAUCCUCAUCUAG